AUGUACAAAGUGCUGGCAGAUACACAGCCACUCAAUCGAACGGGUGACCCCAUCGUCACCAGCGUGGUUCACGUCGAGAAUGGAACUGGAUCCCAAGGCUCGACUCCGAAGCCUGCGACCCCGUUCCAACCUAUCCAACUAUCCAACUAUCCAACAGCGGUUGAACUGAACCAAACCCUCGUCGAGCCCCACGGCUCGUUCCCAAGGGUCCAAUGGAUUAGUGAACGUCAAAGACUUUCCCGGCGCGGCGGGCGCCUGGGACUGUUGGAACAGGUGGGCACCGGGGGCGCUAUGAAUCAUACAUCUGUACCUGGUGCCUUUGGACUCGAUAUCCUGGCCGUUCCUGGGCUGGGGGCCGAUGUGGAGAGGCCGUUUCGAACAAAUGUUCAAGGCCAGGAGUCUGGGAAGUCUGGAACUCCGGGACACGCGGUUAUAGUCGCAGCGUUGCGAUCUGGUGAAACACUCGAUGAUUCGCAUCGGUAA